CAGUCACAACUACGCGUCCCGCGUGUGUCCGCGUUUACUUGCCAUACCGAGCACUGCACGUAACCUGUUUGUUUAAGCAAUAUAAAAACAACCUCAAAACCUACAAUCGAAUUCAUGACAUAUCAAUAAGUAUUAUAUAUUUCAAUUAAAUUGAUAAUGUUUCAUGCGGUUUAGAAUUUAACGAAACGACCGAGUUAAUAGUGUGAAUGCCACGGUCCACAACCUACGCAGCCGGCGGCGUUCCCCUACUCCGUUCAUUCAAGGACCAGCCGUUGAACUCAUGUUGCCACAGUUGAUGUAUGAACGCAAUCCUCGCGAUUUGGAAAUGAACCUAGAAAAUUGCAUGAUGCGAAGCGUCGACUAAGCUGAUGACUAUUCGCGAAUCGGUGCCAACGACAAUGUCAAUCAGACAAAAUACGGGAGAAUUUACUAAGCACAAACAACGACUAGGUAAACAGGGCCCGGAACCGGUCAACUUUCCACCGCGCUAUCAUCCGCCGCCACCUGCCGCAGCGAGUUCAAAACUAGCCACUAUAGACGCUGGCGCGAAAGAGUUCAAACCUCCUAAUUCCGUAAAACCUAUUGAUUCUAGUAAAUUACAAUAUCCUUUAGGUAUCCAAAAUUCCAUGCCAGUAUUAUACCCAAGCGGACCGUAUCCACAAGUGAAAUAUCUUCAAGGCUACCCUGUGGGGUAUCCGGUUCCUCCGGCAGCACUUCGUGUUCUUAGGCCUGGUGGUGAGAUUAUCACGAAAGCAAUUGUUCACGAGCCUGUGGAAGCAACAGCCCGUGCAAGAAGUGCUGACGACACCCAGCGGAUCCAACGCAAUUUGGAGGAAGAACAAAUUCACAGGCGGUCUGCGGAUAUGCUGAAGUUCACAAAACGAAUCGAAUCGGAUGGUACGAGGCAGUCGACAGACCAGAGACGGCAAAUUCAAACACUUUUAGAUGAAAUAAAAGCAUUGAAAGAGGCCAACCGCCGUCUAAGUGACGAUAAUCAAGAACUACGUGACUUAUGUUGUUUUCUUGACGAUGAUCGACAGAAAGGUCGUAAGUUGGCACGAGAAUGGCAGCGUUUCGGUAGGUACACGGCAUCUGUGAUGCGACAAGAAGUAUCGGCAUAUCAAAAUAAAUUACGAGAGCUAGACGACAAGCAGCAAGAACUAAUCAGAGAUAAUUUGGAAUUAAAAGAAUUAUGUCUUUAUUUAGACGAAGAAAGGGAGAGAAGUACGUGUGUCAACUGUGGAAGAGCAGCUGGAAGAGAGAGGGAUGACGGUGACGGUAGCAGUAGUGGUACAAAUGCUGAAGAAAUUCCUCGACCUCCCACGUCCACGGUAUCGAUUACACAUCCACAAUUAGCAGAACGUACAGUGCAGUAUGUACGGGACUUAGAACAGAAAGUACGGCGCUUAGAAGCUGAAAAGGGGUUAGGGAGUGGUCUUAAUGAAAGACCAGAGGCUGUAGUUCGUGCACUGCAAGUGUUAGAAGUAAGAGAAAGGGUAGAGAGAGAGAAAAGAAGACCGGCCCCAGAUUUGGAUACAGGCGAACAAGCCCUUGUGCGAGAAAUGUGUAACGUAGUCUGGGGUAAAUUAGAAGAGGGGCCACCUCAAGCACCACCACGUUGAUAUAAACUGUUGCCUAAAAGAGUUUAAGUAUUGAAGCAAUCGUAGUAAACAAAAUAUAACUUCAUAAGUAUUACAAAUACUACGAUGGAAGUGAAAAUAUAAAAAUCGACGUUUGAUUGGAAUCUGACCCAAUUGAGGUCAUGGAGAACGAUGUCAAGUCGUAUGACCUACAGAGUGCCUUUAGUAGUGGCCUUGUUUAUCAAUCAGAUGUAGCUGAACUUAAUAGAUAAUGAGUAGAUAUAACGUAUAAUACAAGUGUUCGUAAGCAACAACUAAACUAUUUACAAUAUUGCCUUAUGAUUUUAUAAAAAUUACGAAAUCCUAAAGUACAAAAUUAGUAAAUAAGCCUGUCGACGUAGUUAUAAAUAUUUUCUCUACACUAAAACAAAACCUGAAACACUCACUUUGAAUUUAUAAAGUCUACAGUAAGUAGUAUUGUUAGCGCUAUGAUAAGUAUUAGUGUUAAAUUUAAAUAUUUUUUUAAUUGUUUUUCAAAUACUAAUAUGAGUGUUAGUUUUAAAUGAGGCUAAAAUAAUUUAUUAAUUUGUCUGUGAUUAAUUGGUCUUUUAAAGAGCUGAAUGUUCAUUUUGUUAUUGCCGAAAAAUACACAAAAUUUGUAACAUAUCCUUAAUAGUUUCACCGCAUCUAGUCAUAACUAACUAUUAAAUCAAUUUCGUGUAUAUAAUAAAUAAUAAACAUUAAGUUGCUGCACUCAAUAUUCAGCUCGAACCAUUUGCCCAGCUUGCU